AUGGACAGUCGGGCCUAUGGCGAGGACCUUGAGGAGGAGAACUCAGCGUUCACCUGGUGGGAGGUGAAGGCCAACAACCGGACCUACAACAACCAGUUCAAGGAGAAUGCCUUCCUGUGUUGUUAGAGGAAGAAGUACAAGGGCAACAUCAUCCACACAGCCAAGUACAACUUCUUCUCCUUCCUGCCCUUGAACAUGUAGGAGCAGUUCCACGGACUGUCCAACCUCUACUUCCUUUUUAUCAUCAUUCUCUAGGGCAUCCCUGAGAUCUCUAUGCUGCCCUGGUUCACCCUCUUCACCCCACUCGCCUGCCUCCUUGUCAUCCGGGCCACCAGAGACCUGGCAGAUGACAUCAUAAGACAUAGGGGUGACAGGACCAUCAACCACAGUCCCUGCCAGAUGCUGGUGGGGAAGAGUUGAGGCCUCUGGCGCUGUGUAUGCUUCCUGUGGAAAAAAUGCAAGGACGUUUGUGUAGUGGACCUGGUCUGUCUGCACAAAGAUAACAUUGUCCUGGCCUACGUGCUCUUGCUGCCAGCACAGAGCUCAGCAGAUUGUGCUAUAGAGACGGUGGACAUUGACUUGUUGAGGCACAGGCAGGCCCUGAUGGUCACACACCAGGAGCUGACCAAUGUAAGGAAGAUGGUUUCCUUUCAAGGCAAGGUGGUCUGCGAGGAACUCAAUAGUCGCAUGUACCACUUUAUGGGGUGACUGAGGUGGGAGGGCAAAACAUACUCCCUGGACAGAGGCAACAUCCUUCUAGGUGGCUGAAAGAUCGGAGACACAGACACCUGCUACAGAGUGGCCAUCUAUGCUGGGCUGCUCUGGGGUUUUGCCACAAAGAUCAUAAGGAACUGUGGCAAGAUCCAUCUGGAGAGAACCAAGAUAGACCAUCUGAUGAACAGGCUGGUGAUCCUGAUUUUUAUGUUCUUGGUGCUGAUCUCUGUGGCCUGGACCUUGGGCUUCCGGGACAAGGUGAAGGAAUUCAAGGUCACAUACUACUAUGUGUCUAAGAAGCUCGUGUAUAGUGUGACCACCGAGUCUUUCUUCACCUUCUGGGGCUUCAUCAACUUGUUCAGUGUCAUGGUGUCCAUAGCUAUGUUUCUCCUAGCAGAAUUCAUCUACCUGGGGAAGGGCAUCAUCAUCUGGGACACGCAGAUGUACUACAAGCAGGAAAUGCCGGCCGAAGGCUGUAGCACAAGCCUCACUGACCAGCUGGGCCAAGUGGAGUACAUCUUCUCGGACAAGACUGGCACACGCACAUACACCACGACCUUCAGGAAGUGCGGCAUUGCCCUGGCCGAUCAUCUGUUGUACCAGGAAGCUUCCCCUGAUAAGGAGGCGCUGCAGAAUUUCGGCUCUGUGUUCCUGGUGCGCACACAGGACAGCGUCAUGGUGAUGGCGGGGGAGGAGUGGGUCUACCAGCUCCUGGCCACGAUGGAUUUCAACAGCAUCCGAAAGUGGAUGUCGGUGCCAGUCCGAAACCUCGAGGGCUCCAUCUACUUCUACACCAAAGGCACAGACACCGUCAUCUUUUUGGGCCCCCAGUCCUUUGCGGAGCAGACCCUUUGCACCUUGUGGCUAUCCUACAAAAAGGUGGACAAGGACACAUAUGAGGAGUGGUGACAGCGGCACCAGGAGGCCAGCAUUCUUCUUCAGAACUGGGCCCGUGCCCUGUACCAAGUGUAUAAGGAGGAGGAGCAGAGCCUCCAGAUCCUUUGAAGACAGGCUCCAGGCUCCAGGCUCCAGGAUGGGAUCCUUGAAACCAUCCAGUGUCUCAAGCAAGGAAACAUCAGAGAGUGGGUACUCACAGGAAACAAGCAAGAGACAGCAGUGAAUAUCGGCUUUGCCUGCCAGCUGCUGUCCGAGAACAUGCUCAUUCCGGAGAAGGGAAUGGUUCGGAUCCUGGAGGACUACUGGGAGAGCACAACAACCUGUGAGAGGCAAGGGGUCUCUGAAGAGCCGGUUCCUGCACAAGUCAAAAUGGCCAUGGUCAUUAACAGAGAGUUCCCGGACCAGAUGCUGCUGUCCCAGAGCAAGGAACCCCGAGCGCUGGUCCAAAACGUGAAGUGGCCAGGUGAGCAGAGGAGAGACUUCCUGCAGGCCGGGCACAUCUCUCUGGUGUGGUAGACGCUUGGGAUCCGGCUGAGGAGCCCAGGGCUGGUGCUACAGGACAAGGACUCCAAAACGGAGGAGAGCCCUGAGGUGCGGCCCAAGUGGGCCUUUGUGGCACCAGCCUUGAGAUGCCAAGCGCUCUUCUGCUGCCGGGCGACACCCAAGCAGGAGGCCUUGACUGUGGCGCUGGUCAAGAAAUAUCAGAAUGUGGUGACCCUGGCCACUGGGGAUGGCACUAAUGAUGUCAACAUGACCAAGACUGCAGACUUCGGCGUAAGGCUGGCAGGCCAAGAGGGCAUGCAGGUGGUGCAGAACAGCGACUACAUGCUGGCCCAGUUCUGUUUCCUGAGGCGGCUGCUGCUUGUGCAUGGGCGUUGGUCCUACGUGCGAGUCUUCAAGUUCCUAUGCUACUUCAUCUACAACAUGGCCGAUAUAAUGGUUCACAUCUGGUUCGUUUUCUGCAGUGGCUUCACUGCCCAGGUGCACUGA